GAGAGAGAGAGGCUCCGGUAGUCGCUCGGUAUGUAGCAGCGGCGGCGGCAGCGGCAGCAGCGGAGCCUCGCACCGGGAUUACAAAGAGGGAAAAACACGUCUGGGACGGAGAUCACCACCGGCGGGAUUAAGUCUAAACCCACCCGAGGAUGAGACUCGCCCCGCGGGCUUGAAGGAGAAUCGAACUCACGCCGCUAUUCCGCUGAUUUAGCUCCGCUUUUUUUACGAAAAUGGCGAACGAGUCUCCGGCUAAAAGUCUGGUGGACAUAGACCUCGCUUCCCUGCGGGAUCCUGCUGGGAUCUUCGAGCUGGUGGAAGUAGUGGGAAAUGGCACCUAUGGACAAGUGUACAAGGGUCGACAUGUCAAGACCGGACAACUGGCGGCCAUCAAGGUCAUGGAUGUCACAGAGGAUGAAGAGGAGGAAAUCAAGCUGGAAAUUAACAUGCUGAAGAAAUACUCUCACCACAGAAACAUAGCCACCUACUACGGAGCCUUCAUCAAAAAGAGUCCGCCAGGCCACGACGACCAGCUAUGGCUGGUGAUGGAGUUCUGUGGUGCCGGUUCCAUCACAGAUCUGGUGAAGAACACCAAAGGCAACACACUGAAGGAGGACUGGAUCGCCUACAUCUCCCGAGAGAUCCUCAGGGGAUUAGCUCACCUACACGCUCAUCAUGUCAUCCACCGUGACAUCAAGGGACAAAACGUGCUGCUGACUGAAAACGCUGAGGUCAAACUGGUGGACUUUGGUGUGAGUGCUCAGCUGGAUCGGACGGUAGGUCGAAGGAACACCUUCAUCGGGACCCCAUAUUGGAUGGCUCCAGAGGUCAUCGCUUGUGAUGAAAACCCAGAUGCUACCUAUGACUACAGGAGUGACCUGUGGUCCUGUGGAAUCACAGCUAUAGAGAUGGCUGAAGGAGCUCCUCCUCUGUGUGACAUGCAUCCAAUGAGAGCCCUCUUCCUCAUCCCCAGAAACCCCCCUCCUCGACUCAAGUCCAAAAAAUGGUCAAAGAAGUUCUUCAGCUUCAUUGAGGGCUGCCUGGUGAAGAAUUACACUCAACGUCCCCCCACUGAGCAGCUGCUGAAACACCCCUUCAUCCGGGACCAGCCCAACGAGAGGCAGGUCCGCAUCCAGCUCAAAGACCAUAUCGACCGAACCAAGAAGAAGAGGGGCGAGAAGGAUGAGACUGAGUAUGAAUACAGUGGCAGUGAAGAAGAGGAGGAGGAGGCGUCUGAGCAAGAAGGAGAGCCGAGCUCCAUCGUCAACGUGCCGGGUGAGUCGACCUUGCGCCGCGACUUCAUCCGGUUGCAACAGGAGAACAAGGAGCGCUCGGAGGCUCUGCGCCGCCAACAGCUCCUCCAGGAGCAGCAGCUCCGCGAGCAGGAGGAAUACAAGCGCCAACUACUGGCCGAGAGGCAGAAGCGUAUAGAGCAGCAGAAGGAGCAGAGGAGACGGCUGGAGGAGCAACAACGGCGUGAGCGUGAGAUGAGGAGGCAGCAGGAGCGUGAGCAGCGCCGACGCGAGCAGGAGGAGAAGAGACGCGUCGAGGAGAUGGAGCGACGUCGAAAAGAGGAGGAGGAGCGCAGGAGGGCUGAUGAGGAAAAGAGGAGAGCCGACCGUGAACAGGAGUACAUCCGUCGCCAGCUGGAAGAGGAGCAGAGGCACCUGGAGAUCCUGCAGCAGCAGCUGCUCCAUGAACAGGCCAUGCUGCUGGAGUAUAAAUGGCGGGAGCUUGAGGAGCAGCGUCAAGCACAGAAACUCCAGAGACAGCUGCAGCAGGAGCAGGCCUAUCUGCUGUCCCUCCAGCAAAACCAGAACCUUGACAGUAGCAAAGCGGUACAGCAACAGAGCGCCAAACCCCCACAGAACCAUGGUCCUGAUAGUGUAAAACCUCCGGAUACGACAAAACAACCGCAGGGCACUGACUCUGAGAAGACGUGGCCCGGUCAAAACCACAGUCUGGAGAAAACUACAGACGUUGACCUGCAAGGCCCCGCCCCUGACUCUGAGUGUGUCAGAGAGGCUGAUGAGCGAUACCGGAAGAACAUCCAGGGUUCUCCUCAGGCAGCUCAGACCAAACCGCCGCAGCCUCCAGUGCCGCCGCGCUCCGAGUCUUCCCACCCCAACGGGAACCCGGCAUCGGAGGCGCCCGUCAUGCACCGCCCUGUGGAUCCACAGGUUCGCUCCCAUGUGGCCACUGUAAAGAGUAGCGGCAGCGUGGCGUCAAACUCCUGUGCCACUGCGCCGCCUGUGGUGUCGCAGUUGCACUCCUUCAGCGAGCCGCUCGCCCCUAGCUUUGAAAAUCUUCACCUUCGCAACAACCAGGAACACCAUCACCUUCCUCCAUCUUCAUCACCAUCCUCAACAUCAUCAACGCCUGCACGCACUGACCCACAACCCCACCCCCAGCCUAGGCCCUCGCCCCAUGAACCGGCCCCUCGAGAGGAGGUCCCGCCCAGGGUUCCCGUCAGGACUACAUCAAGGUCGCCUGUGUUGUCAAGGCGAGACUCGCCUCAUCACCACGGCAACACCCCUCAGAGCAGCCAUCGCAAUGCUGCCAGUGCAGCGGAGCCUCGGCUGCUGUGGGAGCGGGUGGAGAAACUGGUUCCCAGAGCAGCCAGUAACAGCGGCAGCGGAGGCUCCAGUUCCUCCAGCAGCUCCAGUAACUCCAGCUCUCAGCCUGGCUCUCACUGUGGCUCUGGAGAGAGAUUCAGGGCUCGCUCCUCUUCCAAAUCAGAGGGCUCACCCCUCCAACGGCCAGAGAAUGCUGGGAAAAAACCAGAGGAAAAGAGGGACUUGGUCAGGCCUAGCAGACCAGCGGACCUUACGGCUCUGGCCAAGGAGCUGCGUGCAGUGGAUGACGUUCGCCCCCCGAAUAAGGUGACGGAUUAUUCAUCUUCCAGUGAAGACUCGGACACCACCGAUGAAGAUGAUGAUGAAGAGGUGGACCAAGAGGCAGGUGAAGAGUCGACCUCCGGCCCGGAGGACUCCAGAGCUGUUUCUUCCAGGCUGAGCAACGGAGAAACGGAGUCGGUGAAAACCAUGAUCGUCCACGAUGAAGGCGAGAGUGACGCGGGGUCGACGCCCUGCAAAGACAGCACUCUGAUCGUCAGACAGAAUAGCCACUGUAGCGUGCCCUUUGCUCUAGCUAACACCUUCCUUUCCCCUGAACUCAUCAGGAACGCAUCUAGACCCAAAGUCUACCCCUCUUUCUACUUCCAGAGUGCAGGUGAUAACAGAAAGCGUCAGGGCCCUGGCCCGGGCCAAGCACAGACCGCUGGCCUGCUUGCAGGCUUUGCCCCAAGCCCUGGCCCAGGGUCAGGCCCGGGUCUUGGCCACCACACACCCAGUCCCCACCAUCAUCACCACCACCACCACCAUCACCCCACACAGCACGCAGACAGGAACGGCUUUGCCGGCCGCAUCCACCACCUCCCAGACUUGAUCCAGCAGAGCCACCAUUCCACCCCCUCCUCCUCUGCAUCAAACUCCCCUUCCUCCUCCAGCCUCGCCAGCCCCUCCUCCAUGUCCCCCCAGAGUCCCCUGGAGAAGCUCGGCAUCCUCACAGAGAGCCAGUCGAGUAACAACAUGCAGAAACACAAAUCUUCCUCCUCCUUCACUCCGUUUAUCGACCCACGCCUCCUCCAAGUCUCUCCAUCCACUGGCAGUGCCCUCAACAAUGUCGCCCUUCCCCUUGACCUUCUAGGUUACGCUAAUGACGCCCGGCUGGCAGAGGCACUGCGUGCUGACCCAUCACGGAAGGGAUCCGUGGUCAACGUGAACCCGGUCAACACUCGGCCUCAGAGCGACACGCCAGAGAUCCGCAAAUACAAGAAGAGGUUCAACUCCGAGAUCCUGUGUGCUGCGCUCUGGGGAGUGAACCUAUUGGUCGGAACAGAGAGCGGUCUGAUGCUGUUGGAUCGAAGCGGUCAGGGGAAAGUUUACCCUCUUAUCAACCGACGGCGCUUCCAGCAGAUGGACGUCCUGGAGGGACUCAACGUUCUGGUCACUAUAUCAGGUAAGAAGAACAAGCUCCGUGUCUACUACCUGUCCUGGCUGAGGAACAAGAUCCUGCACAACGACCCCGAGGUGGAGAAGAAACAGGGUUGGACCACUGUCGGAGACCUGGAGGGCUGCGUCCACUACAACGUCGUGAAAUAUGAGCGGAUCAAGUUCUUGGUUCUGGCUCUGAAGAACUCAGUGGAGGUCUACGCCUGGGCACCUAAACCCUACCACAAGUUCAUGGCCUUCAAGUCCUUUGGAGACUUGGUGCACAAACCUCUGCUGGUUGAUCUGACCGUGGAGGAGGGUCAGAGGCUAAAGGUCAUUUACGGUUCCGCUUCUGGAUUCCACGCUGUGGAUGUGGACUCUGGAGCUGUCUAUGACAUCUACCUACCCACACACAUCCAAACCCAUAUCCAGUCUCACGCCAUCAUCAUCCUGCCCAACACCGACGGCAUCGAGCUGCUGGUGUGCUACGAGGACGAGGGCGUUUACGUGAACACCUACGGGCGCAUCACCAAGGACGUGGUGCUGCAGUGGGGGGAGAUGCCCACCUCAGUGGCAUACAUCCGUUCCAACCAGAUCAUGGGUUGGGGGGAGAAGGCCAUAGAGAUCCGCUCGGUGGAGACUGGCCACCUGGAUGGUGUCUUCAUGCACAAGAGAGCCCAGAGACUCAAGUUCCUCUGUGAAAGAAAUGACAAGGUGUUCUUCGCCUCCGUUCGGUCUGGAGGCUCCAGCCAGGUCUACUUCAUGACUCUGGGCCGAAGCAACCUGCUCAGCUGGUAGAGGUCCACACCUGCCCUCCUCCUCCUUCUCCUCAUCUUCCUCGAUGUCCUCCACCCUCGCUAACACUGGAUCUCAGAACCCAACGUCGAUGUCUCGUCAGCCCUCAGACAACCAAAAGAGAACAACAAUCAACCUUUGUUGGAUUGGUCAACUGCGACCGCUCCACCUUCUCUCUGGAGUCCAGUCUCCGGGGGCGACCUGCCACACAGUGACAGCCGGUCCCACCUUCAUCAUGCCCGGAAAUUAACUGAAGUGACGGCUUGUGUAUAAGAUUAAAAUCAGUGACUAAUUAAUACAUGAAAGGAAGUAGAAAUAACUUAAAUGUGAAUUCAAGACGAGUGGGCAAUCGCAAAUGGGAUAGAUUUUGUACGUCUGCAUCGUUUCCUGUGUUCCUCGGCUCAGUAAGCUUGAGGUCUUCUACUACUACUAGUACUGCUACCACUAUUAUUACUACUACUGCUUCUUCCGUCUGCAGGUCUGCCUCUUGUAAGGGAGUCACCCCUCUGCCCCCUGUUUUUGCCCUCCGCCUUUUCUCGUGAGCAUUUCAUGGGGCUGGCGGGGUCAGAGUCUGUUGUAUUAAUGCUACAGUGGUGUGUGUAAAUGUACUUCUGUUUGGUCCAAUUACUGCUGACGUGCUGGUUAGAGGUCCAGACCGUCAGCCAGGGGCGGAAACUGUAAGACGCUGGAGCUGGUGGGACAUCACGGUGAGAUGGCAGGAGCCUGAUAUCCAAGGUUUUACCGUAAGUCGGGGUUCAGUUGGAGGGGUUGUGUGUGUGUGUGUGUGUGUCAUUGAAGUGUUGUGUUGAUCGGACAGGUGCUUUAAAGAAAAAAUAGAGGGGCGGUGAUGAGAGAAAGAAAGAGAUGUUGAAGCAGAUGGAUUUCAGAAUAGUAUUUUUUGAAUUGUAACUAUUAUUAUUCCUUGAAGAUUAGUGUAACUAUGUGGAGUUAAACAUGUCUUUUACCUUGUUUUUUUAAGAUUCACACACAUCCACCCAUAGUCCACACGGUUAGGUUGCUUUUACUCCGAACCCACAGGAGUGCGAGGUGCGUUUGACUAGGAAGAAAGUCAUGUGGGUGUGGUCCAAAAAAAGGUUAAAUAAAAUAAAAAGGUGUCUAUGUACAAAAGUUAAUUUAAUCUUCCAGAUAGAGUCAGUGGUCAUGUUUUUCUCACCAGUCGAACAUGGCCACCAAAACUCAACGCGGGUAGGGCGGUCACCUGUAGUCUCUCAGCUUGAGAAACUUGAACUGCUGUGAAUAUAGUUGAAUAUAAAAUGGAGGGGGGAAAAAAGAUAAUGGAGUGAUAAAGUAGAAGCGAAGGUUCAGUGUGUGUGUGUGUGAGUGCGGUUGGAGAGUUCGGUGUCAUCGGCGUAUUGGUUUAUCUUGGCAGAGAGGUGAACGUGUGGUCAUGCAGCAGCAGAGUUUUUUCUCUGGGAGGUGGUUCUUCCAUUUCUUUUUCCAAAUCAUUUUUCAUUUGUAUCAUUUUGUGUGAAUGCAAUGCACUAAGUGUCAAGAAUGUAGAAAGACAUAUUACUGUGUGGUGGUCCAAGGCAUGAGAUGAUGUAAUUUUUUUUGCUUUGUAUCUUGUCACAAGUGAUCGAUCCUAGAUGUUGAACUUUGAGUUAAGAUGACAGGAAGCUGCGGCAGCCGAGCCUCUACGUCAGGUGUAGAUAUUAACCCGGGGGGGUAGGGGUGGAGUGGGGUCGGGGGCGAUUCUGUAUUUGUUUUGCGACCUUUCCCACAGCUGUUAGAAUGCGAGCGUGAGCCUUGAGCUGAGGAGGGUUCUCUGCGAGUCCACUCUUUGCCAUCAAGUGAGGACAUAAACCCUUCCCAUGCAACAUGGAGCAGAACCUUUUCAUCACUCAGCUGUUUUGGAAGAAAAUCAAGACGGAAUCCAACUUUCCUUUUCCUCGGGAAGGAGACGUUUUCACGAUUUUAGUGCUCCCCCCACUUCCUGCUCCAGCUGUUAUAUCGGGUCGUCUGUAUAUGUGAAAGACUGAGCAGCAAACUGCAGCAUCGAUCUCCUCCUCCAGGCUGGGCUGGAGUUUCCUCUGUUUCCAUGAUACUCCGAAAGAUUGCAGAUCAUUCACUGAGAAAAAAAAACAGGGGCAAGGGAGAGUUGAAUUUGUGCUCUGACCUCAUGUCAAACACAUCAGGUCACAAACAAGUUUACCUUGGGUGUGUUUUUCCCCUGACGACAACAAUUAACACAUGACGCUCCCUCCCCUUGUACAGAGAAGCUGUGUGGACCCCAGUGCUGUGUCGUCUGAGGUCUGUGUGUGCAGUAGUACCUGUGUCUCUUAUUGCAUCAAGGCCUUGAUGAGUGGCUCUAGUGACUUCAUGAAAUAAAAAAAAUGUGGUUAUUAUUAUAUUCUUAAUGGGCUAAAUUUUUAGGUCUACAUCUGAUGAGAAAAAGCAAUCGAUCGCCAAAUUUCAUUGGAAAAAGUGCCAAGAGGGCAGCACUUCAAAACAUGUAAACAUAUUAUUCUAAAAACCACUACUUGGAAAUGUUUGUUUUUUUCUAAACAAAAAAAAAAAUCACUUGAAGCAUUGUGAAUUUUUAAGUUUUAGAGCUAGUGGAGAGGCUUAACUAUAGUUUCUGUUGUUUCUGUAAGUCUACGUACGCGUAAAUAUGCGACUGCGGUGGUUUAAUAUUAUUCCGCUCACCUUAGGUGGAGAAUAUGUUUACAGGGGCAAUGUUUUGUUACACUAAUGUGCAUCACAGUAUUUAUGUUUAACGCAUAUGCGUCUUGGUUCUUCUUUGUUUUUGAGCCCUUUUUUUUUUGGAUAAUUCUUUUUAUUUUGUCAUGUUCCCCACCCCACUGAAUCACCUACAUACAAAACAAUAAAGAACACACGUGUUGUUCAUUUCAGGUAUUCACAUAGCGCUGCUUCGACGUGGAACCAUUGCAGUAAUGUUCCCUGCUGGCUUGGACGUGAGGCGACAUAUUUUUUCCUCUGCUGUUUCUGCCAUGCUACUCUAACUUAUGUCCUCUGUGUGUAUGACAGGAAGUCAUGUAUUUUCCUGAAGGCUUUUUUUCUUUGAAUAAACUUUAAAAGUAAUUUUAAAA